AUGUCACUAUUCGAGCUCGCACCAGACCCUCCCACAUCGUUAGGAAGCUUGGGCGAGGCAUGGAAGGCUGGCGGUAACUUGAUCGAUACUGCCAAUAAUUACCAGGACGAGGAGUCGGAGCUAUGGAUCGGCGAGUGGAUGGCUAAGCGAGGCAAUAGAGAUGAAAUGGUCAUCGCGACGAAGUUUACAAGCAACUAUGUCGGCCAUAAGAAAGGCAAAGGCCUCGGCUCUGUCAAUGCUUCCGGAAAUCACAAACGGUCUCUACACGUUUCGCUCCGCGACUCGCUCAAGAAGCUUCAAACAGACUGGGUUGACAUUCUCUAUGUGCAUUGGUGGGACUGGACCACCAGUAUCGAGGAACUUGUGGACUCCCUUGACGUCGUUGUCAAACAGGGUCGCGUCAUGUACCUGGGAAUCAGUGAUACUCCUGCCUACAUUGUCGCAGCAGCCAACACGUAUGCACGUGCGACGGGCAAAACCCAGUUCAGCAUCUACCAGGGUCGCUGGAAUGUCAUGCUGCGCGACUUGGAGCGCGAGAUCAUCCCCAUGGCACGUCACUUUGGCAUGGCCAUUGCGCCGUGGGAUGCAGUCGGCGGAGGAAGGUUUCAGACCGCUUCGCAGCUCGUAGAGAAGGCAGAAAACAACGAAAGUGUCCGCGCCAUCAUGGGAGCGCCUGCUGAGCAGACGGACAACGAGGCCAAGAUUUCCGAAGCUCUGCACAAAGUUGCAAAGGCACAUGACAUCGAGUCCCCCACUGCUGUGGCGCUUGCCUAUGUCAUGGCCAAAGCCCCCAACGUCUUCCCCAUAGUCGGUGGAAGGAAAAUCAAGCACUUACAAGACAACAUCAAGUCGCUCGACAUCAAGCUUAGUCGUGCUGAUCUCGAUUAUCUGGAAUCAAUCGUCCCCUUCGAGCUUGGGUUUCCACUGAACAUGCUCGGGCCAGACCCUCACUACGGCGAGAAGCCCGGUACUCAUGUGGCUUGUGUUGCACCAAUGUCUUAUGUUCAGAGAGAAAGACCGAUUGGUUACGAGGAGUCUUAG